AUGGCUUCUCCACAAUCCGAAUCCUCUGUUGAUCUUAAAGAUCCAAAGUUUGAGCAAUAUGAUUGUCUGCCCUGUCGCCUUGUAGGUGCCACAGCAUUUACAGGGCUUGGUGUUUAUGCUUACUGGCAGUCCAACAUUCCAAGAGGUACGCCAUUCUACCGUACAAGAAGAUUGGGUAUAUUGUCACUAGCUACAGGAUUUGUGGGUGCAGGACUUUAUCGCCUCAUCAAUUGAUAGGUACUUUCUAAAAAUAGUAUUACGAUAACUAUUUACUCUUCAUUCAUGUACUCCCAUCGACAACGUUGUAAUCUUAAG